AGGGAGGGGCUCCGGGCUCACUUCCCUCCCUAAGCCCAGCAGCACCUGCUCUGGAAAGCCCAGUAGAUCCUGGGCGGGGUUUGCCGGUCACGGAUGCUGGAAGGGUUCCUUUGGCCCUGAGUAAAGGGAGAGACCCAGAGGGAGCACUGAGUUGCCAGCAGAGCCACCCUGAUUCCUUCAGCAGGACCCGGUGAGAGCAGCCAUGCCGACCAGCCAGGUGACUUUCUCCUUUCCCAUGGCCCACUUCGUCCUCUUUGUCUUUACGGCGUCCACUGUAUUUCACGUUCAGCAGCGGCUAGCAAAGAUUCAAGCCACGUGGGAGUUACAGGAGCAGAUGCCAGUGCAGGCCUCAAUGUCAGAGACGCUGGGACCCAGCCAGCCCAGGGGCAUGUGGACGAUCAAUGCCAUAGGCCGCCUGGGGAACCAGAUGGGCGAGUACGCCACGCUGUACGCCCUGGCCAAGCUGAAUGGGCGGCCCGCCUUCAUCCCGGCCCAGAUGCACAGCACCCUGGCCCCCAUCUUCAAGAUCACGCUGCCGGUGCUGCACAGCACCACGGCCAGCAGCAUCCGCUGGCAGAACUACCACCUGAACGACUGGAUGGAGGAGGCGUACCGCCACAUCCCGGGGGAGUACGUCCGCCUCACGGGCUACCCCUGCUCCUGGACCUUCUACCACCACCUCCGCCACGAGAUCCUCCAGGAGUUCACCCUGCACGACCACGUGCGCGAGGAGGCCCAGAGUUUCCUGCGGGGCCUGCGGUUGAAUGGGAGCCAGCCGGGCACCUUUGUGGGGGUCCACGUGCGCCGGGGGGACUACGUCCACGUCAUGCCACAGGUGUGGAAGGGGGUGGUGGCCGACCGGCGCUACCUUGAGCAGGCCCUGGACUGGUUCCGGGCUCACCACAGCUCCCCCAUCUUCGUGGUCACCAGCAACGGCAUGCCUUGGUGUCGGCAGAACAUCGACGCCUCCCGCGGCGACGUGGUGUUUGCUGGCAAUGGCAUCGAGGGCUCACCCGCCAAAGACUUUGCACUGCUCACGCAGUGUAACCACACCAUCAUGACCAUUGGGACGUUCGGGAUCUGGGCUGCCUACCUCGCUGGCGGGGACACCAUCUACCUGGCCAAUUACACCCUCCCCAACUCCCCUUUCCUCAAAAUCUUUAAGCCGGAGGCAGCCUUCCUGCCAGAGUGGAUGGGGAUCGCUGCAGACCUGUCCCCCUUACUCAACCACUGAUGCUGGCCUUGCCUUUGAAAUCCUGUCUCCUUCUCUGGCUCCCACAAGAUGAGCGCUAGGGCAUGAGAGCUGUUCCAUGAACAGGACCCUCCUCUCUUCUGUGAAGAUGCUUUGGGCUGCAAGUAACAGAAAUCAUGAACAAUGGCUGGGAGCCGUGGCUCACGCCUGUAAUCCCAGCGCUUU